AUGAAGCGUGUUAUAAGGUGGAAACCGGUUAGCGAGCGAAUCUGUGUAUUGAGGGUACGGGGCAAAUUAUUCAACUACAGCUUGGUCAACAUCUAUGCACCGACAAACGAUAAACCCUAUGACGCAAAGGACGCGUUUUACGAGUGUCUCGGCAAAACUUACGGAGAGUGCCCAAAGUAUGACGUGAAAAUUUUUAUCGGGGACGCCAACGCUCAGGUCGGUAGAGAGGACUUUUUCCGUCCAAUCAUUGGUAAGGAGAGCCUUCACUCUGUAACCAAUGACAACGGCCUGAGACUAGUGACCUUCGCUGCAGCUAGAGGGAUGGCCAUCAGCAGCACUUACUGUGCACGCAAAGACAUCCGUAAGCACACCUGGAUGCACCCGAAUGGCGAAACUUGCAAUCAAAUAGACCAUGUCCUGGUAGACGGCCGACACUUCUCGGAUGUUAUAGAUGUGAGGACCUUCAGAGGACCAAACAUCGACUCUGAUCACUAUCUCGUCGUCAGUAAAAUUCGAGCACGGUUAUCAACUCAAGAACUCAAGAACUCAGCGACCGUUGCGUUUCAAUAUCCAGCGCUUCUUAGCAGAAGGUGUGACGGACGAGUACCGCCAGAAGCUUGA